GGACAGUUUAAGCAUAACCACCCUCCAUGGAUCUUCCUUACUAUCAUGGCUGCCUGACCAAGCCAGAGUGUGAAGCCCUGCUCCUCAAGGGAGGAGCAGACGGCAACUUUCUGAUAAGAGACAGCGAGUCUGUGCCUGGAGCCCUGUGCCUCUGUGUCUCGUUUAAAAAGCGUGUUUAUAACUACCGAAUCUUGAGAGAGAAACAUGGAUAUUACAUUAUGGAGGCUAAGCCCAGUACUUCAAAAGAGGUCUUUCCAACCCUAGAGGAAAUAAUCUUCAAAUUUAAAACACCAGGUCAAGGAAUGGUGGUUCAUCUUUCAAACCCAAUAAUGAGGAGCUUCUGCCCAAGAGAGAGAAGAUUGAAGCUAGAGCUGAAUGUUUAUGAGAACACUGAGGAGGAGUAUGUAAAUGUCCUACCUUGA